CCAGGUCUCGCUAUACCGGUUCGUUUGGAUCCCGAUCAUGAGAAACCCACGCAGAAUUCUUCACACGAUAAUACAACUAUUCCAGACACGAAUUUGUACCAUAUCCCAGAUCACCUGAAGACUCAAAGGCUCAACCUACAGGACUUCGAUCCGCAGGAAUUACACUUGGACAGUGACCUGCAUCAUCUGAGGACUAACGAUGAAUUCCUUCCGUUCAUCGCCGCCAUACCAGAUCUCAAGAAUCUUAGUGUCAUCGAUGCGUACGGUACUUGCGAAUAUAGUGAGCAGGAGUUAUUCUCUUUCCGCUAUCAUGCAGAUUCUAGUUGGGUCAAGGAGCCUCUCAGCUUUGAGGCCAUACAGCCGAUCCGAGAGGCAUGGCAGCGAUUUGUCAAACACGGAUUGAUUUCCUGGCAAGCUGUCAAACAAAAAUUCGACGGUCGAGGUAUUGUCAUCGUCGGCGGCGGUACUGAGAGUUCAAAGCGCAUUCAGGUCAUCUUACGCGCAUUGAAAGGAUAUGACACGUCACUGCCAGUCGAGAUCAGCUAUUUUGGAGAUGAGAUGGACGAUUCCACCAUGCAGCAACUGACAGCUAUUUACGGUCACGAGAGGCUAUUCUUCAAUGAUCUCUCUCAGGCUGACCAGACAUGGAGAACAUACAAGAGUUUGAUGGAGAACUAUCAGCUCAAGACAGCCGGCAUCAUCAACGCGCGCUUCUCCGAGAUAUUACUGCUCGACUCGGAUAACAUUCCCACCUCUGACCCAGCGACUCUAUUCGAAAGCAACACAUACAAAGAAUACGGCAGCGUCUUUUGGCCGGAUCAUCCACGUACACGAAGAGAACAUCCCGCAUGGGCUAUCUUCAAUACGCCAUGUCGUCGCGACGAGUACGAGUUCGAGACCGGGCAGCUUCUCGUCGACAAGCGUAGAUACUUUUAUCAUCUUCAGCUCGCCGCCUGGAUGAACACACAAGAUUACUGGCGCGAGAGACUGUUGGGGGAUAAAGAUCUAUUCCGCUAUGCGUGGCACGGCCUUAAGACAAGAUACGGCACACCAACCAAGUGGCUGACCAGUAUUGGAUUCGUCGUCGAGCAGACAGAUGAUUCUACUGUGGUCACACAUUCGGCCAAGCGUAUCCCGAUCAUGAAGAUGGUGACCAUGGCAGCGGCGUUGCGUUUUCUCCAUGGAGGCUCGCUGAAAACAUUCAGCGCGCCUUUGCUUGCUCGCUUGCGCAAGCUCAAUGGAGGAAUCUUCACGCACUUCAAACGCGUGGCCGCAUCGACCUUGGAAGAUUGGAACAAAGUUGCGUACGAUGUUGGGACAAACCACUGGCACACGGCUCCUUAUUACAACAUUACGCAUAAUCUGGAACCUCAAGAUCUAGUUCUUGAGGACGAUGAUCUCGAUAUGGAUGGAAUCAGUAUCGGCAAAGAUAUGGUGGCAGCACUCGCCUUGACGGAGGAGAUUGCGAACAAGGCCGUGCUCUGUAUGGACUUUGCGCAUGUGGAGGCUCGAGCCAUUAGUGAGCUAGGUAAGGACGCCGAACGAUUCGAGAAGCUGUUCAGGGAAGUAGGAGGAUAUUGGAUGAUUGAGGAUAACUAUCGAGGAUGG